AUGAGCGCAGAAUGGUCGAAUACCUCAAUAGGGUCGGAUCGGGCAAGCGGCCACACGAGAAGGGGAAAUAGAAAUAUCCAGGAUCACACACAUCCACGAAGACCCCGCGGUAAGGAGGAGCCUCCAAGAAAACGUCCGAAACGGGGCAAAUAUUGUGAAGGAGGUUACCCAUGCAGCGCGUGUAUCGCCAAAGGACUCGACUGUGUGACUCGCAAUGCUGAGAUUCGCCAUGACUCGGCUACUAGUCAAUCACAAAAUUCCAGAGGUGACAAAGAAGAUGUGAUAUUGGCACUGGGAAAUAUCCAGCGGCAAUUGAAUCAUAUCCUUAAGCAAAAUGGGAAAUCGACUGUCGCCGGAAGCGAAACUAGCAAUACCCCCACGAGCGUCCAUAAUCCCGUCCAAUUUCCAGCUCCAUCUUAUCACACAGCACAAAGCCAAUAUACUCCGAAAUCAGACACCGAAGUAUUCAGCGGUGAACCGUCACUUGUUCAUGUUCUUCACGAAAUGGAAGGCACACUAGAAAAACUGGGCAUAAGAAACAAAUUCAUGGCAUCUCCUCCUCCGAGUUUACCUUUGACUCCGGUUUAUUAUCAGAGCCAGGUGGAAGGAGAGACAAGCCAUAUCAAAGCAGUUUUACAAUCUCAUGGAAUUAUUCCCGACCGAGAAGAAUGGGACGAGCUACUGCACAGUUUCGUGGAUGAUGUCCACAUUCUAUAUCCCUUUUUGCAUCUUCCAAUCCUCAAGAACACAUACGAAGGCUUAUGGGAUCGAGUCAUCGUUCCAUCGUGCAGCAGCUACAAAGAUAACAACCACCGUGUCAAGAUUGCCCAAGUCCUUUUUUGUCUGGCAACGGGGCGAUGCAAUGAAUCUACCCGCAAAGAUACAGAGGGACAUCACUCAGCAGGGUGGAGCCUUUUUCAAGCCGGUAUGGAUGUAUUAGGGGAUCCGUUAGAGAUAUUAGACGACUUCUCUGUAUCUCUUCCAGCUCUUCAGGCAAUCAUCUUAGCUGUCAUAUAUCUCUUCCGCAUAGACGCAAACAACAAGACAGAGAAAUUCUUGGCCCUGGUAGUCUCACACUCACACCUUCUGGGUCUCCACCGGAAAAGAGUCACCGAUGACAUGCCCAUCUUUGAAGCAGAGAUGUUCAAACGUUUAUGGUGGUGUACAUAUAUCAUGGAUCGACGAUUGGCAAUUGAUACAGGUCGUCCAUUUCUCAUCCAGGAUGUCAACACAGAUGUACCUGUACCCUUGGGGCUUGGAGAGGAUUGGUUGUCUUGUCAUGCAAGCACGAUGCUUACAUCAAAAGAACUUAGGAAGGAGAUCGAAGUUGAAAUCAACCGAGAUGUCCCAACUCCCCUGUCCCACAUUGCCGCCAUGGCCGACUUUUCUCGUGUAGUAGGCAAGGUAUGGGAAGCCUAUUACGGGGCGCUGGAUCGGAAUGCCAUCUCAACUCCACUUACAGCCGAAUAUCUUGAGGUUCUUAUUUCCAGCACAGUACAACGAGAGCCGUCGAGAGCUUGGUCUGGAUCUAGAGAACCAUUUCAUAGGCAAUUUGCCGGUAUGGAAUGGUGGCUUAUCAAACAGAAAAUGCUUAUGCGUAUUCGAUGGACAUUUUUGAGGUUACUUAUUCGAAAAUCCUCACUUGACUCUUCGUCGCUGUUCUCCGAUGAAGCAAAUGCCAACGGAGUAACCUGCCUGCAGCUGUGUCGCGCCAUAGUUCUCGAGUUCAACUAUAUCCCCGACAAAUAUCCGAAACACACAUUUCCAUUUAUCAACUACGUUGCAACGGCUGCGAUGAUUGCCCUCGGACUGAUCAUUAAGCAGCCAACCUUUUCAUCGCUUGAUCUCACAUUCGUUGUGCAGGCAGCUCGUAUGCUUGAGCGAUUUUGCACCCAGACCUGGGUUUCUGGACGGAUCAUUCGGGCCGCCACGAGAAUAAACCAAGUAACAGCGUUGGUAUUCGAUAAGAAUGGGAAUCCUAGGGAGAGAGCUUCGGGAAUCAUAAAUGAGCCCCGCUGUGACCUUUCUUCGGAUCCAAUUCAUGACAAUGGUCGAGCGUCUCGGCGCAAAGGAAGCUUCUCAGAUGACUCCCGUAUCGGCCCUCCAAAUGGAAACGCUAGAGGUCACUUUUUCAAUGGCGAUAACUAUCGUCAUUCUUCAAAUUCCAACACAAUGGCUCAAUCACCAAACGUCAAUUUUCAAUGUGCAAGUUCUGAUGACACCUUAGAGGUGCCAUCAUUUCUUCCUUCAGCAAACAGUGUCUUCAUAUCAUCUGGACUAGAAGAUCUAGUGAUGACAGACUUCGAUUUCGAAGAGGUCUUGCAGCAUGGAAGUCAACUCAACGGCAGUUGGCCAUGUUUACCGGAAUUUCUGGAACCCACUGCGCCACUCCAAGAAGACUCCUCGGAUUUCUCUAUCAUAUAA